AACUUCAUCAAUAUACUCUCGUUGCAAUUUUUUUAUAUAAAAUACAAGCGCAGAUUCUAAAUUUCCCGGCCGACACUAAUAAUCCCUUAUUACUAUUCCUCUCCAUAAUACAUCCCCAUAUAUCUCCUCAGACCUAUCAUCUCAGCCACAGUAAUGGGUAUCCCUCUUCAAGACCACUCACCCUACUGUCGAUGCAGGCGCCCUGACUGUAAACGUCGUGGUAUGAGUUCAGCAAAUCGUCAUCGUCCUGCACGUUCUAUACGCCAUACAGUAUCUAGGAUAGAUCCGCCUUCCACCUCAGCUAUAGAUAACCCUGUUCAAUUACACCCGACCCCUUGUCUAUGCCGGCGCCCUACAUGCCAGCGUCGUCGUACGGCUCCAUCAAAUCGUCGUCUCUCUGAACGCCCUAUAUCUCGUACACCAUCUAGGAUAAAUCUUCUUCCCACCUCAUCCAUCUAUCAUCCUCUUCGAUUACACCCAGUUCUCUCUUCUGCUCCUCCACCAUCAACAUUCAAUACACCGACUAGCCAAUUCCCCUCUUACGAAACAAACGAAGCAUGGCCCAAUGGUCAAACAUCUUUAAGUGAAAGCCGAAUGCUGCCUGACAGCCGAUCAGAGCAACGAAAUCCACACGUUCAAUCCGGCAAUAACAAUUCCAAUGCGGAGGGUCAUUUGGAAGGGAUGAUGGGUACCCAUGGAAAUAGCAGCAGGCCCACAAAUUCCCUGGAACUAGAUCGAAUGGAUUUCAAUAGAAGACAUUAUGAUAUUGAUCAGUCGCUGGAACAAUUGAGCCAAAUAAUGCAAGAAGUAGCAAAUAUAGUACCUACCAACCCACAUACAAGGCAGCAAGAGCGACAAAGUCCAUCGGUACGGCAAGAGCAGUCAGAAUAUAGUGGACCUAGGGAUAUUUUGAACGAACCUCAGAUUUCAAUUCGAGCUUUUAAUGCUUUAUCUCUACUUGAACAUUCAAACAUGCCUGUUUCUACCGUCCGCCGUCGACAAGCGAGUCAGCAGAUGAGAGACCUCAGUUAUAGUUUUGGUAGAUUUGAUGAACCGGUCGAUGAAGGAGGAUUUCAUCAGUCAAUAGUGAGCCAGGAAAAUUCCACGAAUAACCACCCACGUACAAGGCGGCAAGAAGUACUGCAAAGACGAUCCACUGAGCAAGAGCAGCUAAAUUACUUUAGUCAUAGCCCUCCCCACCUUAGUGCGGAACUGACGAGCAAUUUUUAUGCUGCAGAUCGGGAUUCUGUUAGCCCACUGCUACUUCCAUCUCGCACCGAGAUGGUACAUUUCGCUGUCCAGCAACAUGUCAUGUAUAACGAGCCGCGCACACUACAGGCACGCUUGCGUGAGCGAGCGCGAAUGGAGGCCGCUCAAGCCCCCGAGAAUAAAAAUACGGAUCUAGAAACUAACACAUCUACAAAUAAUAAUACGGGCUCAUAAGCUAACGCAUCUGCAUAUGACUAUCCCCCUGGUUUGAAUCUUGACUUGUGAGUUUAGAUGGGGAUCUUUCAGACACAAGCUUUGGUCCAAUCGAAACUGGAAUGGCUCCGGGCCCUGCGAGACGAUAUAGAAAAUAGGGGUAUCGCAUACCUGGAAAAGCGUGUUGAAAGUUUGGACUAUGAGUGGAUGA